GUACUUGCCAUCAACACCAACACAAGAACUCCAUGAUGCGAUUCCUUUUUUGCUUCAUUUCUUUUUAUCACCUCUCCUAAUCAAUUCCAAAACAUUUGCGGGGGUUUCUCAGGCCUAACCCUGUUCCACACUGUAAAAUGGAAGAGAUAGAGCUGAGUGACCAGAAUUCAGUACCGAAAACGGAGCAACUGUCGAAUUUGACCCCUAGGAAACCUGUUUCAUUCUUUGGUCUUUUUUCUGCUGCUGAUAAAUUAGAUUGCAUGUUGAUGGUUUUUGGAAGUUUAGGGGCGUGCAUCCAUGGGGCUGCUCUUCCGGUGUUCUUCGUUUUGUUUGGACGCAUGAUAGAUUCUUUAGGACAUAUGUCUUCUGAUCCUCACAAAUUGUCUGCUCGUGUUUCUGAGCAUGCUUUGUACUUGGUCUACCUUGGUCUUGUUGUUUUCGCAUCGGCAUGGAUAGGUGUUGCGUUCUGGAUGCAAACUGGGGAGACAGACGGCUUGUUGCGUCUGAAAUAUCUUCAGUCAGUUUUAAGAAAAGAUAUAAGCUUCUUUGACAAUGAAGCCAGAGAUUCUAACAUUAUUUUUCAUAUCUCCAGUGAUGCAAUCCUUGUCCAGGAUGCCAUAGGAGACAAGACAGGCCAUGCUUUCCGUUACCUUUCGCAAUUUGUCGUCGGUUUUGCCAUUGGGUUUACCUCUGUAUGGCAGCUUACACUACUCACCUUGGCUGUAGUUCCACUGAUAGCCAUUGCCGGCGGAGCUUAUACUAUAAUUAUGUCAACUCUAUCAGAAAAGGGUGAGGCUGCUUAUGCUGAAGCUGGGAAGAUCGCGGAGGAGGUUAUUUCACAGAUUCGCACGGUAUACGCAUUUGUAGGAGAGGAAAAAGCAGUUAAAGCAUACUCUAGUUCACUUACAAAUGCUCUUAAAAUGGGGAAGAGAAGUGGACUUGCAAAAGGGGUGGGUGUUGGAUUUACAUAUGGUCUGCUGUUCUGUGCCUGGGCCCUUCUUCUUUGGUAUGCCGGCAUACUUGUCAGACAUGGUAAAACAAAUGGAGGGAAAGCGUUUACUACAAUUAUCAAUGUCAUUUUUAGUGGAUUUGCUUUAGGUCAAGCAGCACCAAACCUUGCUGCAAUCGCUAAAGGCCGGGCAGCUGCUGCCAAUAUCUUCAGCAUGAUAGAAGCAGACUCGAAGCCUUCAGGACAGUCGGAUGGUGAAACUAUUUUGCCAGAAGUUGUUGGAAAAAUUGAGUUUCGUGAGGUCUGUUUUGCUUAUCCGUCUAGGCCUCACACGGUGUUUGAGAAUUUAAGCUUCUCAAUAGAUGCCGGGAAGACGUUUGCUGUUGUUGGUCCCAGUGGUUCAGGAAAGAGUACCAUCAUAUCCAUGGUUCAACGUUUCUAUGAUCCCACUUCAGGUAAAUUACUAUUGGACGGAUAUGAUCUUAAGAAUCUGCUUAAAUGGUUGAGAGAACAAAUGGGAUUGGUUGGUCAAGAACCAGCACUGUUCGACACAACAAUAGCAAACAAUAUCCUACUCGGAAAAGAAGAUGCAGACAUGGAGCAAGUUAUAUUAGCUGCCAAAGCUGCUAAUGCACAUUCUUUCAUUCAGGAACUACCUGAUAGUUAUAACACACAGGUAUGUUCUCAGAGAACUCAACUUUCUGGAGGUCAAAAACAAAGAAUUGCUAUAGCAAGAGCUGUGUUGAGAAAUCCAAAGAUACUGCUUCUAGAUGAGGCCACAAGUGCUCUUGAUGCAGAAUCAGAACUCAUAGUUCAGCAGGCACUGGAUAGGAUUGUGUCAAAUAGAUCAACAAUCAUUGUGGCACAUCGAUUAUCUACUAUUCGAGACGUCGACACCAUCAUUGUUUUGAAGAAUGGCCAGGUUGUUGAGAGUGGGAGCCACAUGGAUUUGAUGUCUAAGAAUGGCGAAUAUGCGGCUCUAGUGAGCUUGCAAGUAUCAGAAAACACUGCAAAUUCAAGCUCUAUAUGUCAUUCUGAUGCUUCUGUAAGUUCUAGCUUCCGAAAACCUCAAGAUAGUCAAAAUCCUGGGCAGGAUUCACCAUCAGUUACAGAAAUGGGAUUGGAGAAAAGUUAUCAAAACUCGUCUCAGCAACGUUCUGUACCUAAUCCUUCGAUAUGGGAACUACUUAAACUAAAUGCACCAGAAUGGCCCUAUGCACUGCUUGGCUCGGUUGGUUCAACUCUGGCGGGCAUGGAAGCUCCAUUAUUUGCCUUCGGAAUCACGCAUGUCUUGACUGCAUUCUACUCUCCUGAUCAUCUUCUUAAGAAAGAGAUUGAAAGGGUGGCUCUUAUUUUUGUUGGUCUGGCUAUUGUUACCGUUCCAAUAUAUCUGCUGCAACACUAUUUCUACACCUUAAUGGGAGAGCACCUCACAGCUCGUGUCCGUUUAUCAAUGUUCGCAGCUAUCCUUUCCAAUGAGGUUGGUUGGUUUGAUUUGGAAGAGAACAAUACUGGUUCGCUGACAGCAGCUUUAGCUGCGGAUGCAACCCUUGUACGUAGUGCUCUAGCUGAUCGGCUAUCCACAAUCGUGCAGAAUGUAGCACUUACAGUAACAGCAUUUGUAAUUGCAUUCACUUUAAGCUGGCGUAUUGCAUCUGUUAUUAUUGCUUCCUUUCCCUUACUCAUAGGUGCUUCCAUAACUGAGCAACUGUUUCUCAAAGGAUUCGGAGGGAAUUACGGCCAUAGCUACUCUAGAGCAACUGCUGUGGCACGAGAAGCAAUAGUUAACAUUCGUACUGUGGCUGCCUUUGGUGUUGAAGACCAGAUAUCGAUCCAGUUUGCCUCAGAACUAAACCAACCAAAUAAGCAAGCAUUCUUGAGAGGUCAUAUUUCAGGUUUUGGUUAUGGUGUAUCUCAGCUCUUUGCGUUCUGUUCCUACGCCCUUGGCCUUUGGUAUGCAUCGGUGCUAAUCAAGCAAAACAAAUCUAACUUCGGUGACAUCAUGAAGUCCUUUAUGGUUUUGAUAAUCACAGCACUGGCCGUGGCAGAAACAUUGGCUCUCACACCAGAUAUUGUGAAGGGGUCACAAGCACUCGGGUGUUUCAGAAUUCUCCACAGGAGAACAUCAAUUGAACCUAAUGAUUCCACAUCGAAGGUGGUAAGCGAGAUCAAGGGAGAUAUAGAGUAGAAUGUUAGUUUCAAGUACCCAAUGAGGCCUGAUGUAACCAUUUUUGAGGUUAACCUGAAAAUGUCAGCCGGAAAGAGUCUAGCUGUAGUUGGACAGAGUGGAUCAGGGAAAAGCACUGUGAUCGCGCUAAUUAUGCGAUUUUACGAUCCCAGUUCAGGGGCAGUGCUGAUUGAUGGUUAUGAUAUUAAGACAUUAAACCUGAGAUCUCUAAGGCUGAGAAUGAGUUUAGUUCAACAGGAGCCUGCAUUGUUCUCGACCAGCAUUUACGAAAACAUCAAGUACGGGAAGGAGGAUGCAUCAGAGAUUGAGAUACUGAAAGCAUCAAGAGCAGCUAAUGCUCAUCGAUUCAUCAGCCGAAUGCCUGAUGGAUACCAAACAAACGUCGGCGAUCGAGGAGUCCAGUUAUCAGGAGGCCAAAAGCAGAGAGUGGCGAUCGCUAGAGCGAUCCUGAAGAAUCCUUCCAUCCUUCUCCUGGAUGAAGCCACAAGUGCAUUGGACACAGAAUCUGAGAAACUAGUUCAAGAGGCUCUGGAUAAUCUCAUGGAAGGCCGCACCACGGUCAUCGUGGCGCAUAGGUUAUCGACGAUACGUAAUUCCGACAGCAUUGCGGUACUGGAACAAGGAAGGUAGUUUGAAAUAGGCAGGCACGAAGAGCUAACAAAGAAAGCUGACGGUGUGUAUACAUUGGUCAGUUUACAGCAGUGAAGGAGCAUCCAUGAU